CGUCUGUAGGGGACCUGGGGGGCGGCUGUAGGGGUGUUGGUGACACCAGUGACCUUUUGGUAGCACGCGCUGACGCGUUAGUGACGUGUCGGUGACGUGAGGGGCUGGGCGCUGCCCUCGUGGGCCCCGCCGGCGAGGGUGGCACUGCGCAUGCGCCCGACCCCCAGCCGCUGGCUCCGCCCCUCAGCCGCUGACCCCGCCCCCUUCCGCGCAUGCGCCCGUCUCACAGCCGCUGGCUCCGCCCCCCGCGCAUGCGCGGUAGCCCCCCCGCCCAGCAUCGCCGCGCGCCGGGAGCCGCUGAGAGGCGGGAAAGCGCCGGGACCCGCCGCCGUUUCCGGGGCAACCACCGGCUCCCUCCAGGUGUUACCGAUGUCGGACUCGGGGCAGAGCCCGGCCCCGGGCGGGCGGCGGCGUUGGCCGAGGGAGAAGGAGCCGGACGGGGGCGGAGACAGACGGCAGGAGGGAGGGGAGGAGCCGGCCGGCCUCAUGCAGAAGACGCCAAUCAUCCUGGCCAAGCCCCCGGGCGAGCGGCAGCAGGCGAAGGCGGGAUCAGGCCCGGCCCCGCCCACCCCCGCCCCGGCCCCGCCCAUCGUGCUGAUGAAAGCGCGGGGGGAAGAAGGGCGGGGCGGGGGCGGGGCCACGUCGGGGGAGGGGCCUGCGUUGGCCCCGCCCCGUGAGAGGGAGGGGCCUCGCCCCACCCAACCCGUCUAUCAGCUGCACGGCAGGGGGCUGCCCCCCCCCGGCGCCCUGGACCCCGUUGCCGGCCAGGCCCGAUUGGCCGCCCCGGAGAAGAUGAAAACCAGCAUCAAACUGGUGGACGAGCAGAUGAACUGGUGUGACAGCGCCCUGGAGUUCCUGCUGGAGCAGACGGACGUGCUGGUGGUCGGGGCGCUGGGGCUGCAGGGCACCGGGAAAUCCACCCUGCUCUCCCUGCUGGCCGCUAACCAGCCCGAGGAGGAUCCCCGGUCCUUCGUGUUCCGGCCGCAGCCCCCGGAGCUGCGGGAGCGCGGCGGCAGCCAGACGGGCGGCAUCGACUUCUUCAUCACCCAGGAGCGCGUCGUCUUCCUCGACACCCAG